AUGGAUGUACCAGAGGGGAAUGGAAACCCUUUGGGUAAUGGACUCGGUCGAGCUAGGCAAACUCGACCGAUUGGUCAAGGAGAUGCUCCAAACCGCCACCAACAGAGACAAGGGAUUGUUCCACCACCAGUGCAGAACCACAACUUUGAGAUCAAGCUGGGAAUGAUCAACCUUGUCCAGAACAAGAUGUUCCAUGGAUUGCCAAGUGAAGACCCCAUUGACCACCUUGAUGAGUUUGAUAGGCUUUGUGAUUUGACAAAGAUCAAUGGUGUCUCUGAAGAUGCCAUCAAGCUGAGACUCUUUCCUAUGUCUCUAGCUGACAAAGCUCACCAAUGGGAGAAGAGCUUGCCCCAUGGCACAAUCACCACUUGGGAUGAAUGCAAGAAGGCCUUUCUUGCUAAGUUUUUCUCCACCGGUCGCACAGCCAAGCUUAGAGGAGAGAUAUCCAGCUUCAUCCAGCGAAACAAUGAGACAUUCGCAGAGGCUUGGGAGAGGUAUAGGGAGAUGCUAGACACAGCUAGCAAUGGGAACUUCCUCAACCAGGAUGUAGAUGAUGGCUGGCAACUUGUGGAGAACAUAGCUAACUCAAAUGGAAGCUAUGGAGAAGAGUAUGAUCGCACCAACCGGAGCUCGACCCACCACUCGAUCGAGUCAGACGAAAAGUUGAGAAAAGAUGUUAAGGCAUUGAAUGAGAAGUUGGAUAAGCUGAUCCUAGCUCAGUCCACAAUGAAGAAAGUCAACUUUGUGUCUGCUGAGGAGAUGGAACCAGUCCAAGAAGGGGAGGAUACACAAUUUGCUGAGGUGUGCUACAUGAGCAAUGGGCAAGGAGGUUACAACAAAGGAUACUAUAAUUACAAGUCCAACCCUGCCAUGUCAUACCGCAACACUGAUGUUGCUAACCCUCAGGACCAAGUAUAUCCUCAACAACAAGCAGCUCGAUCGAGUCAGGUGCCACAACAUGGGUAUGGUCAAAAGAACAAUUACCAAGGACCACAAGGCACUUUCCCUGGACAACAAAUGAAUAUCCCACCAGGCUUCCCCCACCAACCGCCCCAGCCUGCACCUUCACAAGAGAAUGAGCUCAAGGCAAUGCUAAAGCAACUACUUCAAGGGCAAGCUGAUGGGGUAGUGGACACAAGCAAGAAGCUAGCUGAAAUAAACUCUAAGAUCGAGAACCUCAACACAAGGGUUUACUCUCUGGAGAAUCAUGCUUCUUCUGUUGCUGCUGCUACAAAGCAAGGACAACUACCUGGUAAAGCUAUUCAGAACCCCAAGGAACAGUGCAAGGUCAUCUUCACUCAAGAAGGACUUGUUGAAGAAGAGGAUCAAGAAAGGGUCAUUGAAGAUUUUUGUUUACUGCUGAAUGAUGAAGAGAUUGUUGCUGCUGAGGCUCCUGGAGUCCAGAUUGAUCAACCAGAAGUGCAUGCACCUACUGUGGCCAUUCACACUUCACCAGUUGAGCUCGCACGACAAGCUCGAUCGGCAGCUCGAUCGAGUCCAACUCUAGCUCGAUCGAGUCCGACCUCUUCUGUCCGACAGCCUGUUUUGCUUGAUCCUUAUCAACCGGUUGCCGCUUCCUCGUCUCGCCUACUUAGUCAAGGUCACAAGGAAGUGAUUCACAAGUUCAGAAGAGAUCUCAGUGGGAUUGGAAUUGAGUUGCCUCCUAUGGAUAGCAUGAGUGAGGCAUUUGAUCAAAUGCAAAUGGUCAAGGAUGUUCUAGCCAACAGUGAUAAAGUUUCAGAGGUCCUACAAGAGUCUACUCAUCAGUUCAACCUGCUUACUUCACCCACCUUCCUACCAAAGGUCAAGGAUCAAGGGAAAUUCACUCUCCCUUGCACACUUGGGCAUCUUGAGAUUGACAAUGCCUUAGUGGAUUCUGGAGCAAGCAUCAAUCUGAUCUCUCUCUCCAUGGCAGAGAAGCUAGGCAUGCUGGAGCCUUGCAGCGCCCUACUACUUCAAUCAUGUUUGGAGAUGCAACUUCUAAGUCUCCUCUUGGAAAGAGAAGGAUUUGCCUUGUUAUUGGGAACCCCUUUCCUUAGUACAGUUGGCGCUUCAAUAGACUUUCACAAGCAAGAAGUGAUCCUUCACAAGGUGAAUAGUUUGGUGUCAUAUCGCUUGCAGCCUAGAGGUUCAGACUUUUGUGCCACAAUUGACAGUACCACUCUCAGUUCUAAGAGUCAUGGAGCUACAAAGGUUGUGAAGGAAAGGGUUGACAAGGAACCAAGAGUUGGGAAGGAUAAGGAUGAGAGAGGACCAAGGAUUGAGAAGCCACGUCUUGAGAGGGCUAGAGUUGAGAAACCACGAUCUGAUAGGCCAAGAGCUGAUAGACUUGUUCAAGCCCCUUGUGUGCUUGAUGAAGAGAGCCUUCAAGCUUUGUUUGAUGAGCCACUAGGAAGGGCUCUAAAAGAAGGGGAGGGAUGA